UAAUCAAAUUGAAGGAAUUCAAAGGAGGUUUUUAGGUUCUAGGGACAGCUCCAUGUCACUCCCUCGCUCUUACUCAGCAAUCAUAUGCGGCCUUCCCAAAUGUGCUAAAAUUCUCUCUCUCUCACUGCUAUGGUGGUGUACGGCCAUGUCGCCCUGCUGCUUUCGCUGGUUGUUCUUGGAAUGCAGCUCCCGCUAAUAAUGGCAGAUUGUCCUCUAGAUUUGAGUAUGUCAAAUUUUACUUUGCUAUCCUAUGUUUGCUCCAAUGGGGAUGACAGAGGGAAGUGCUGCCGCUACAUUAAUGCCUUUGUUGCAGUUUCUAUUGCUCGUUAUGCAAAUGCAACAGGUUACCUUGGUGUUAAUUCAGAUUUCUCUGCAAUCUGCCUCCGCUCCAUAUCCGAAACCUUUGAACAUUAUGGUGUUCCACCAAAUGCAACAGUUUUCUGUGGAUUUGGCAGUAAAGUUCCAGUUAAUUAUGAGUGCGAGGGUCGAACAAAUGUCACACAGAUGCUGCAAUCUCCAAAAUUUGAAGAUGUAACUAAAAAUUGUGGAGUGCCACUUUCAAAGGAAAGCGAUUGCAGGAACUGUAUUAAUGUUGGCAUUUCUUAUCUCCAUCAUUUGAUAGGGACAGAAGAUAACAUUACAUUGAGUACAUGUCGUGAUGCAACUUUUGCUGCCCUUGCAAGCCAAGUUGAUAAUGUAUCAGCGAUAGAUAUUGCAAGCUGCUUCUUUGGAGUUUCAGGGCUUAGUAUACUUCCAGUUUCACGGUCACCCCCAUCUUCAGUUACAGCUGAGGCAUCUCCAAGUCCAUUGAAUGCUGCCAGCCCAAGUGAUCUCAUGGUUGGCAUAAACCAAAAUAAAGACCACCGUUCCUACCACCUCACAUUAAUUCCAGGCAUUGGAAUUGCAGUUGCAACAGUAGCCCUCCUGAUGCUGGUUGUCCUAGUAAUUCUUAUUCACAGGAAAAGCAAGGAGCUAAAAAAUUCUAAUACCAAUAUGCCCUCUUCAAAAGCCUUCCCAACUAGUCAGCCUCCACGAAAAUUUCAGGAAGGUUCAUCUACCUUUCGAAAAUUCAGCUACAAGGAAACAAAGAAGGCAACGGAAAAUUUCAACACCAUCAUUGGACAGGGAGGAUUUGGAACUGUAUAUAAAGCUCAGUUCAGUGAUGGUUUUGUUGCAGCUGUAAAGUGGAUGGAUAAAGUUUUGGGCCAGGGUGAGGAUGAGUUUUGCAGAGAGAUAGAGCUUCUUGCAAGACUUCAUCAUCGCCAUCUUGUUGCUUUAAGAGGCUUUUGCAUUGAAAAACAUGAGCGGUUUCUGAUAUAUGAGUAUAUGGAAAAUGGAAGCUUAAAGGACCAUCUUCAUUCUCCAGGUAGAACUCCUAUGAGUUGGCAGACUAGAAUCCAAAUAGCUAUUGAUGUGGCAAAUGCUUUGGAGUACCUCCAUUUCUAUUGUGAUCCUCCUCUAUGCCACAGGGACAUUAAGUCCAGCAAUAUUUUACUGGAUGGGACUUUUGUGGCAAAGCUUGCUGAUUUUGGCCUUGCACAUGCUUCAAAAUAUGGUUCCAUUUGCUUUGAACCUGUAAACACUGAUAUCCGGGGAACACCAGGUUAUAUGGAUCCUGAGUAUGUGGUCACUCAAGAGCUCACUGAAAAAAGUGACGUGUACAGUUAUGGGGUGCUGCUGUUGGAGCUAGUUACUGCAAGACGAGUUAUACAGGACAGCAAGAAUUUGAUAGAAUGGUCCCAAAUUUUCAUGGCAUCAGAAUCAAGGCUACCUGAGCUAGUGGAUCCAAGCAUCAGAGACUCUUUUGACAUAGAUCAGCUUCAAACAGUGGUGACAAUUGUGAGAUGGUGCACCCAGAAGGAAGGGCGGGCAAGGCCUUCAAUUAAACAGGUCCUCAGGCUUUUGUACGAGAGUUCAGACCCGAUGCAUAGUGGGUUUGUACAUGCAGUGGAAGACGAAGAGUACGAGGGGGCUGAAGGGAGGGGGAGGACCAGCAAGGGAAAAACACAAAGGAGUGAGGUAAUUUUUCAUAGUGGGGAGGGUAGAUGCCUUGCUUCUUCUUCAAGCACUUCUAGGUCACAUUGUAGUAGAAGCUUUUUACUUGAAACUGGAUCUCCACAGUCUCCUCGUGGUACUCUUUUUGUUUGAUCUCCUCCUACUGUAUUCUGUGGUUGGCAAAUUGUUAAUCUGCUUGAGGCACUGAUGCUUUUUGUUGAGUUUUGUACAACUAAGUACUGGCAACUGACAAGUGCCUGAUUGGAUAGUUUUGCUCAACUGAGGCAGUUGCAAAGUUUUGGGCUGUGGCUAUUGGACAAGCCAUUCUUGAGGAGCAUGAGAUUGCAUACUUCAGAGUUUGAUGAGUAUGCAAGGUUUUCCAUCUCUACAUAUUGAAAGUUUUUGUUAUAUAGAGCACAUCAAAGCCUCUGGAAAUAUUACCAGCCAUCUUAAAAGGAUAAAAUAGAUUUUGUGACAGUGGUAAUGCUAUUCCAUUUUGUUUGGUUAGAUUUUGAGAGAAAUGAAUCAUUCUUACUUGGUUAGUGUAAUUGAUAUUAGACUACAUUCAUUAUGAAACUGUAAGAAUUUUGUCAGCAAUGCCACCAAAAAAUUCAAUGAUGAGGUUGAUUUUCUUUCAUUUA